AUGAAUAAGAACAGCUUCGCUAUCCCCACAGAUCUGCUGGAUGAUAUAGCCAGUCGAUUUCUGCUUGGCCCUGAGUCUGAACUGGGAAACCCCAUAUCUCUAUGUUUUCUGACGGAGCUCGCCUAUUGGUUCUACCUGGACGAGUAUGCUGAGGAGGAUGAUUCACUAAACAAUCUCAAGUUUGACCCAUUUGCACAACAACUGCUCAAUCGUAGGGGGUUUCAGCCACAGACUGGCACUAUAGACGAUAUGCUUCAGGGCUUCCGUGACUUCAAACACCGUGUGCCUACAUAUGGUGGACUCUUGCUUAAUCAGGAUCUCAGUCAAGUCCUCCUGGUACAGGGAUUUUGGCACCGAGCUUCAUGGGGCUUCCCGAAGGGCAAGAUCAAUGUGGACGAGGAGCCCUACAAGUGUGCCAUCAGAGAAGUACUGGAAGAAACUGGCUAUGAUAUAUCUCCUCUUAUUGACCCAGUUGUGUACUUGGAAACAUCCAUCGGGGAACAGUUUGUGCGGCUGUACAUUAUACCGGGAGUCUCUACCGCCACAGAAUUUGUGCCACGGACCAAGGGAGAGAUUAAGCAACUCAAGUGGUUCCCCAUUAACCAGCUGCCCUCGCACAAGAAUGACCGCAACUUUAACAAGUUGAAUGGCUCGACCAACAUGUUCUACAUGGUAAUGCCAUUUGUCAAGCCGCUUCGAGAAUGGCUUGCCAGCCGUCAUCGUGCGACAGUGAAUGGAACAAGCAACAAUGGUGGGAGGGAAGGCCGACGGCGUCAUCGCAGUUCUACAAAUAAUUCUGCAGACCACCACCAGAGUUACAACCAGACUCGACACAGCCACUCACCCGCCACAACCUCUGACACUAAUAAACGUCCACAUCCUUCCUUGGAGGUUAUUAGAAAACAACAAAACACAGCCUUUACUUCAUACAUAGAGGAGGAAGCCACAGGGCUGGCGAGACUACGUGUCACCACAGACAGCUCACCACGCAUGAAAGAGACAUCCAGCAAAUCUAGAUCUCGCAAGUCUCUAUUUUCUGAACACCAAGAAGAAAACCAGAAAUUUACCUUCAAGAAUAGAGGGAAGGGGCGGAACAAGGCCAACAGGGAGAGCCAGCCAGCAAACAGUGGAAAUACCACUACCACCUUGGAAACAAAGCCCCAUUACCAUUCAUAUUCUUGGCAUAAUUUUCGUAUUAACAAGAAGGAAGUUCUGGAGGCUGUUGAGACAGUUUGGAGUGAGGAAGUGAUUGCGAGGAUGAAGGAGGAAUUUAUCCACGAUUUCAGGGGCUUUGAAGAUGGUGUUGGGGAAGUGACACAGGCAGUGGUAAACCUUGUAAACCAACUUGAUAUUCAUGAGGAUGAUAUCACAGAGUUGCUUGAAUCUCAUGCUGAAGAAUUAAGCAAUGAGGACCUGAUUAAACUGGAGAAGCAAAUUUUGUCAGAGGAUGUAGAGGAAGCUGGAACUCCAAAACCAAAUGGAUUCAUUAUAAAAGACAUGGCAGAAAGUUUCAGGCUUAUUGAAGGAUUGUUUAAAUUUGAACAGCAAGAUUCACCAAGGUUCAUAGAGGUAUUACUGAAUGUCUACUAUGCUACAAAGAUAUUUAUGAAGAAAGAAGAAAGUUUCAGUUCAACCAUCCCUUGA